GUCUGUGUCUGUGUGUGUGUGUCUGCAGAGGUGAGCUGCGGCUGUACACUCGCCCCCCUGCCCCGUUCUGCUCCGGGAGAAAGCGGCCGACGGAUUAUCCAGCUCGUUAGCUCGCCGGCUAACGGUCAACGCAGCCGCCGAGACGAGCCAUGAGAAGCCGGUGAAAGUUACCCGAGGCUCACUGGGACACUUUAAUGUUGGUGAACAGACAGAAAAGGAGGUUCGCGGAUCAUGCCGUCGCCCCCAACGGAAACUUUCCUCUAGAAGCUCCACUUGGGGACGGCUAGCUUACAGGCUAGCGAGGCUACAAACUAUUUUUAAUUGGCUUUGGGCUCAAUGGCUCUCGCUUGUUUUUCCCUGUCAUAGCGACAGCUUGGAAAUUUGGGAGAGGCCCGUUGAACUUCAUGACAAACCAAAGGCCGGUUUUGAAGCGUAACUUCCGAAGACUCGACUGGCAAAGGAGCGAAAAUGAAGAAGCAGUUCAAUCGGAUGAAGCAGCUCGCCAAUCAGACAGUUGGCAGAGCAGAGAAAACAGAAGUCCUCAGCGAUGACCUCCUGCAGAUCGAACGGCGCAUGGAGUUGGUGCGCGUGGUGUCCCAUAACACACACAAAAGGAUGGUGUCGUGUCUGCAGGGACACAUCGGGGCAGAUGCAGAGAAGAGACAUUCCGUACCACGCCUCUAUACAGGAAAUGGUCAGAAAAAGCUGCCUCUCACAGCACUAUCCCAGGCAAUGGUGGAAGGCGGAAACCAGUUGGGAGAAGACUCCUUAAUAGGGAAAAUGAUGGAAGUUUGUGGGGAGGCAGAGAAUCGUCUGGCAUCAGAACUGAUGCAACAUGAGCUGCAGAUAGAGAAGGACGUUCUGGAUCCACUCAGUCAGCUAGCAGAGGUGGACAUCCCCAACAUCCUGAAGCAGAGGAAACAGUUGGCCAAACUGGUGCUGGACUAUGAUUCUGCCAGAGCAAGAUGGUUGCAGGCAACCAAGUCAAUAAUCUCAGGAACAAACACUCAAGCACUGACGGCCAAGGCUGACCUACUCAAGGAGGAGGUGGAUGAGGCCAUGAACAAAGUGGAGCUUUGCAAGGAUCAACUUGCUGCAGACAUGUACAGUUUUUUCUCAAAAGAAGGCGACUAUGCCCACUACUUCAUAACGCUCUUAGAAGCUCAGGCAGAUUACCACAGAAAGUCUCUCACUGUUCUGGAGAGUGUCUUGCCAACCAUCCAGGCUCAGCAAGAUUCAUGGACGGAAAAGCCUGCAUUUGGCACGGGGCUGGAUGAACACCUGAAAAGGAGUGGAAGGGAGAUUGCCCUGCCAAUAGAGGCCUGUGUCAUGAUGCUUCUGGAGACUGGAAUGAAGGAAGAGGGUCUAUUCAGAAUUGCAGCAGGGGCAUCCAAGCUAAAGAAGCUAAAGGCAGCGCUGGACUGUUCCACUUCACAACUGGAGGAGUUCUACUCUGACCCCCACGCUGUCGCUGGAGCACUGAAGUCCUACCUGAGGGAACUCCCUGAACCUCUGAUGACUCACCAGCAUUAUGAUGAAUGGAUCCAGGCAUCCAGUGUGUCAGACCCAGACAAACGGCUUCAGGCGCUCUGGGUUGUAUGUGAUAAACUACCAAAGAACAACAAAAACAACUUAAGGUAUCUGGUGAAGUUUUUAGCCAAACUGGCUCAGGACAGCGAGACGAACAAAAUGACUCCGAGCAACAUCGCCAUCGUCCUGGGACCCAACCUGCUCUGGGCCAAGACUGAGGGGAGUCUGGCUGAGAUGGCUGCUGCUACCUCUGUGCACGUGGUGGCCAUUGUGGAGCCUGUCAUCCAGCACGCUGACUGGUUCUUUCCUGAGGAUGUGGACUUUAAUGUGUCCGGCGUGUUUGUGAUGCCCACACCUGCAUCCAACCACAACAACCAUCUAGAUUAUGACUCUGGCACCAUUGAGAGGAAGAGGCCUGGCAGUAUGGUGGGACCAGAGAACGAUACGCCGCGCAAAGACAACACCCCUAACAAGCACUCGGACCACACCCUCCGUAGAGGCAGUAACACCUUAGGUAGAAAGCAGCACACUUCACCUGCCUUCCAGCCUCCUUUACCCCCUGUGGAGGCUCAGGGGCAGGGACAUGGGGCCGGGCAGGUCCCCCAGCCCUCAGCUGAGCCCCAGCCCCAGCCACAAGCUCCACCAGGGGGUUCAGGGUUUGACAGUUCCCAGCAUAGCUUGGCGCAGGGUCUGGCUGCUCUGGCAGCUGCUCAGCAGCUUCUAGCCCAGCACACAGAGGAGCUCAGCAACCCAAAGCUACGUGACUCUACAGUAGCCCCAACCCCUGUACUCCAGAGGAAUGGCUCUGGAGGAGGUGGCCAGACUGCGGGGCAGCUGGGCACUGGAUCCCCCGGGGCUGGAUCCAUGGGGCCAAGCCCGCAUAUGAUGCGCAGAGGUACCAAGAAGCAGGCUCCCGCUCCUCCCAAACCAACAAACCCUCCUCCCAGUCAGCCCUGCAAUUCCAUCAACCACACCUCAUCCUCUGGCUCCUCUCAGUCCCUCAGCCCCUCCCCCAGACCCCUGUCCAGCCACUCGCCCACAUCGCCCACCUCUUCCACCUCACAGCCAUGUGCCACGCCCAGGCGCCACUCCAGUAACCAGCCCCCAAUCCAGGCGCCCAGCCAUCCGCCUCCAGAGCCUCCGACUCCGGCCAGCCCUCCGAUGCAGCCUGCAUCGCUCGGUCAUCCCACUGGGGACCAGCAGAGCACAGACCCCUCACCUCCAGGCACCCCCACCCCUCCAGACACGCCUCCACCCUCCACUGCCAGCCAGGAUGCCGUCGCCCCUCCGUCCCCGUCUCCCUACCAGUCAGGCUCCCUUCCCCGACCGCGGCCGGUCCCCAAGCCUCGGAACAGACCAAACAUCCCACCACCUCCACAGCCCACCACACUGACCAGUGAGACCAACGGGAUCUGUGCCACUGCAUACAAGAUGAUGGACCCGGCGAUGUCUUUCAAGGGGAUGAGUCGAGCAUUUGUCCCUGAGCUCGUUGUAGAUCAGCAGCCAGUGACUUCCUCCUCCUCUUCUUCCUCCUCCUCCUCCCUGCCUUCUCCCAAAGACUGUGACCUGGACACUGAGAGCACUGUCCUAUAAGGAGGAGGAGAUGAAGACACGCCCCCCCCCGGUCCAGGACUCCACCUCCUGUAGCCCAUAUCUGCAGCCCUCUACACAAACCUCUGCUUCUCCCCGUCCACCUCGUGUGAAGGACAUCAAAGUGACAUAAUGCAGCUUCAGGCAGCCAUCAUGGAGGUCACACAGCUCUCUGUCAGCAACUCACACAACCCACUGAGUUCAAUAGGUUUGUACCCAGAAAACAUCAAGUUGAUUCCAGCAUCCAAGCUGCACAUUUAGGUCAGGUUUUCUUUGUAUUAUAUGUGUUUUAUACCUUAUGUCAUAACUAGAGUUGAAGGCCAAUUAAUUGAUCAGUGAGUAAUUAAGAAGCAUUCAUUAGUUAAUUCUAGAGCAACUCAUUUGAGCUUCUCAAAUGUGAAUAUUUUGUUUUCUCUAGUCUUUGGUGAUGAGCACUUUUCACUAUCUUAUAGACCAAACACUGAAAAUAACUGUUACUUGCAACCCCAGGCAUAACCCAGGUGACCUGACAUGAGAGGUCAUCCUGAGACGUUGCAUCCUCACAUGGGGACGUUACAUUUUGGGUUUUUCUGCACCUUAUACUUUGUUCUGCUCCACUUUGACACUUUUUUGAACCAUCUACUAGUAGCAAAAGUUCAAAUGACUAAUCGGUGUUUGAAAAAACGAUGCUGUCAGUCUCUUUCAAAACACUCUACAGCUGAGAUAAAAUGCUUUUUAUUUGAAAUGGCACACACGUGGUGAAUUUAUUAAAAGAGGAUAUAAUUUUCCCAAAAAAUAACAAGGAGCAAUUUGAAAAGCAUACAAAAUUAGCAUUUAGUAGCAGUUGCUUAGCCUUCUUGACCUCCAUGAUGGUGCCUUGCGAGGUGACACGACCCCCUCACACACCCUCUCUCACACACACACACACACCUCCACUUGUGUUUCCAUCCUGCACUGCCUCCCUAGCAGAACAAGCUCCAGACAAUCAUCCACAAAGCGCGGAGCUCGAGGGACGACCUACGCAGCGUUGGGUUGCCAAAAUCCGGACUGAUGAGACUCCUUUCCAAUUCUGUGUGAGGUGUUUUGUGUUUUUUUUAUGUGGAAAAUGGCCUUAGAACAACAGGGAGAUGUGGAGGGAACGGACACAGUCAGCAGGUGAAGUAGGAACCAAAACAGUUAAAGUGUAGCUGGUGACUGCAGGUUUCCAGUCGUCCACACUUGAUUUAGCCUUUUUUUUGUAUGGAAAACCCCCUAUCCCCCUUUUUUUUCCUCACACUUGUAUUUAUUUACCACUUUAAAAAAAAAACACAUUCCCUGUGGCUUGACGUAAUUAAUGCAGUCUUUAAAUGCCUUAUCGGUUCCUCACAGAACCACCAAACAAGCGUUAUAUAUUUACUGUACAUGGCUCUUUAGUAAUACAGUAUUUCAGCAGUGAUGUUUCAGGGAUGUGAGGAACGUGGUUUGACCCUCGUCGUAUGGUUCUGUUCCACAGACAUCGUGUAUUUAAAACGUGUUUCGGUUGAGGUUUUGGAAGCAGAAGUAGCAGGGUGAACUUACCCUUCCCAGCCUGGACGCAGUCAGUAUUUAGCCUUUCUGCUUCUCCAUCUGUCUCCGGUGUUUGCAGAGGCAUAAAUACCUCGAGGCUGUGUGUGAGUGAAUGUAGUGCGGAGACAGUUUUCUACCAGCCUCACCAUCCUGAGCAGAAAGACGCAGAAACAGCUGAUGUUGCACUUGAGUGCAGGCCAGACUCAGUGAGUGGUUUAUAGUGAACUGGUUUUGAGGUUUUGUUUUUUUCCCCAUCUUUCCCACUGAGCUGAGAGCACACGGCGCUGUGCAGUCUCAGUAGUGAUGUGGUGUUAGAUUUUUGCCAGGUCAAAAGGUGUUUUUUGUUUUUGUUUUUUUUUUUUUUUUUUUUUUUAAAUGGCUUUGUUGUAUUUUCUGUAUUUGCUUCUUUUUCGGCCUGAGAUGUAUUGCAGAGUUUGGUUCGUCAAGAACUGACCCAACAUGGUACCGGUGGAGAAAGUUUCGGAUGCCGCAGUUGCCCUGAAAACGACUUCCGUUGCGUUUUUCAGAGACAAUCAAAGCAUUAUCAUCCCCUCCUUUCUCCGUCUUCGCUCCUGUACCUCGCUGCCUUACCCCUGUGCAUCUAGAGAACUUGGGCUCGUGAAGACAAACAAAUGCCAUUAAAGUAGAAAUGAAAAUGCUGCAUUUUUAAGCUCCAUAGUUUUGUAUGUAUGCUGUCUGGUGAGCUCAAAUACAGAAUAAAACAUGUAAUAUGAAUGCUUGGUUAUACCCCCUUUCCAAAGAAAAUAAAGUAUAUGAAGAAACUA